AAGGCGUUCUCGCUGCACUUUCAGCCCCUGUGAUAUGAAGAGUCUCAACGUCUACCAUCUUCUACUCUCUUCUCUCCAUCUCAAGACAGACCGACAAGACAGCCCACGUUCGCGAUGAGAUCUUGAUCGUGAUAAUGGCCAGCAGCAAAGGACCCAAUCAGAAGAUCAGAUACAGAACAUGCUUGCGCAACACCAUUUACGAUGCCCUUCGCAAUCGGGCUGGAUGGACAGAAACAGAAAAUGAUGUUGACUGGGACUUUGUAUGGGCUGAUAUCCCAUGGAUGAAAGAACACUUCGAUAGUUUACGACUCGAAGAAAACCAGCGUGUGAAUCACUUUCGCAAUCAUUAUGAGUUGACGAGGAAAGAUCUGAUGGUGAAAAAUUUGAAGCGGAUGAAACGACAGCUAGAGAAGGAAGGGAAAACCUCAGAAGCCUCCAAAUAUGACUUUUUUCCAGUCACGUUUAUACUGCCAAACGAUUACAACAUCUUCGUUGAGGAAUUCAAGAGACAACCCAAUAGCACGUGGAUUGCAAAACCUAUUGGAAAAGCUCAAGGGCGAGGAAUAUUCCUUUUCAACGAUCUGAAGGAUUUGCGAGAAUGGAAGAAAGCGAAUGAACAAAGAAACACGCAACAGUACGGCAAGAAGGAAGAGGAGGUUGAGGCCUACAUCGCCCAACGUUAUAUUGAAAAUCCUUACUUGAUUGGGGGAAAGAAGUUUGAUUUGAGAAUUUACGCGUUGGUUACCUCCUAUGCUCCAUUGACAGUGUGGUUAUAUCGCAGUGGAUUUGCACGUUUUUCGAAUAUGAGAUUUUCAAUGCUCAAGGACAACCUCGGAGAUGUUGCGAUUCAUCUCACAAAUGUUGCCAUUCAGAAACAGGCUGCAAAUUACGACAAAGACCAGGGUUGCAAGUGGGAACUCAAGUCAAUGAAGCUCUUCCUCAUCUCGAAACACGGUCUUGAAGCAGCAAACAAUCUGAUGCAUGACAUUCAGAUGCUGAUACUCAGAUCUCUCCUGGCCGUGCAGAAAGUUAUGAUGAAUGACAAGCAUUGCUUUGAGCUUUACGGCUAUGAUGUGAUGAUUGAUAACGACCUAAAGGCCUGGCUCAUUGAGGUGAAUGCAUCACCUUCCCUCACAGCUGACACAAGUCAAGAUUAUCAAUUGAAGGUUGGAAUGCUCGACGACAUGUGUGACGUGGUAGACAUGGAGAAGAAGCUUACAGGCAGUGAAAAUCAAGUUGGUGGAUUCGAUUUGAUAUACAACAAUGGCCCAGUACAGAAAGUUCGGCCCGUUGGUAAUUCAAAUUUGCCCCCUUUAGCACUGGCAGCAAAGGCUUCACAUGCAGUUAAAACCGAGUCAAGUCUCAGACUCUACAGACAGUGA